AUGAAACUCAGAUCACGAACCCACGACUAUUAAGGGCAUAAUUUGAAGACCCAAGACGGGUCUAAACAUGGCGGCAACACCACUCUUCCUCUCGCCCGCACUCCCUUCCGAGCUGCUCGCCUGGGUCACUCGAAACGAGUCGUACCCAACGACUCUAAUAAUCUGCUCGUCAAGGGCCGAAUUCCUCUCCUCCCUCAUACAGGACGUCCGCAGCGCAGAUACCAGCACAGGCACAGAUGACCCAGAGACAUCCGAUCUACAGCAUCUUCUCUUAUCCUCGCCGCUCUACCAGGUUGCUGUAGCCCGCCACAUCCGGCUCAUCUUUACACCUACAGUCUCACACCUCCGCGCGUGCCUGUCCGUCUUCGAUCCUGCCGACAGCAAGGCCCCGCCCCCUCCGCCGGCAGCCUCCGUGUACUCUGUGCCACCAUCAAGAGCGGCGCAGCGGCUACCGCUGCUGCUGGUGUACGGGUUUCUGCGGCAGCAUCGCGAUACGAGCGAGUGGAGCGCGCAGGGAAUCAACGCUACGGCGGCGGUGCUGGUCGAGGCGGGCAGGAGGUGUGGAUUCAGGGCUUUGCUUGUGGAUGCGCCGACGGAGAUGGCAGGAGAUGGGCCUGAGACCGAGGAGGGGGAUAUGCAUGAGGGUGCUGGGGCUGGAUCGGGGCAGUCGGUCUUGGACGAGGAGGUGCCAGUACUAAGCCCAAGUACUGUGAGGGCCGGAGGUGAUCGGGAUGAUGCGGUGUGGACAGGGCGGAAGGUAGCUCUGGGCAGGGUACUGGGUCGAUGGUUCCGGUACAGAGAGGGUGACUGGAAAAGACAAGGCGCUGCUGGGACAUUGGAUGAUCCCCAUGAAGACGAAAAGCAAAAGCAAGCAAGCACCAGUGAUAUAUGACCUAAUCUAUGAAUCCAUAGGCAGUAUUUCAAUUCCAGCCACUGAGAAAUACCUGCUGCUGACACCCCU